CAACGGAGCGUGGACUUCAUCCCGGGAUUUCGGGCUGAUCAACAUCCGGGACAGCGGCUCUGAGCUCGCGUGAAUGCCUUCAGUUCACUUCACCGACCGACCGACCGACUCACCGACGGACCGACUGCACGGCCAGAGCAACGGAGCGGUGAAAUGGACGAUGGAAAGCCGGUGUGGGCGCCUCACCCUACAGACGGGUUCCAGCUGGGCAGGAUCAUCGACAUCAGUGCCGAUAGUCUGACCAUCGAACCUCUCAACCAGAGAGGAAAGAACUUCCAAGCUCCCGUGGAUCAAGUCUUCCCUGCUGAGGAUGAUGUCAACAAACAUGUCGAGGACAACUGCUCGUUGAUGUACUUGAAUGAAGCCACGCUUCUGAAUAAUGUCCGUGUGCGCUAUAGCAAAGACAAGAUUUAUACGUUCGUGGCCAACAUCCUGAUUGCUGUGAAUCCAUAUUGUGAGAUUCCUAAGCUGUAUUCUCCAGAGACCAUUAAACAGUACCAGGGCCGAUCGCUGGGCACGCUGCCGCCACACGUCUAUGCAAUUGCGGAUAAAGCUUACCGUGACAUGAAGGUGUUGAAGAUGAGUCAGUCCAUCAUUGUGUCAGGAGAGUCUGGAGCUGGGAAAACAGAAAACACCAAGUUUGUUCUCAGGUACUUGACUACUUCUUAUGGAACAGGUCAAGACAUUGAUGAAAGAAUAGUUGAAGCAAACCCACUCCUGGAGGCCUUUGGAAAUGCCAAAACUGUCCGAAACAACAACAGCAGUCGCUUCGGGAAAUUUGUGGAGAUUCACUUCAAUGAAAAGAACGCAGUGGUGGGAGGUUUCGUGUCUCAUUACCUGUUGGAGAAGUCUCGAAUCUGCACGCAGGGUCAGGAGGAGAGGAACUACCACAUCUUCUACAGGCUGUGUGCUGGAGCUCCCGAAGACAUCAGGGAGAAGUUUCAUCUCAGCUCUCCAGACUGCUUCAGAUAUCUAUGUCGAGGAUGCACAAGGUACUUUUCCACCAAGGACUCAGACAAGCUGAUACCUCAAAACCGCAAGAGUCCAGAGCUUCUGAAGGCUGGUCCUCUGAAAGACCCUCUGCUGGACGAUCACGCAGACUUCAACCGCAUGUCAGUGGCCAUGAAGAAGAUCGGUCUGGAUGACACAGAGAAGCUCAAUCUGUUCCGGGUGGUGGCGGGGGUUUUACACCUCGGAAACAUUGAUUUCGAGGAGGCGGGAAGCACCUCAGGAGGCUGUGUGUUAAAGAAGACGUGCGGUCAGUCGCUGCAGUUCUGUGCGGAGCUGCUGGGUCUGGAUGAGGAGGAUCUGCGGGUCAGUCUGACCUCCAGAGUCAUGCUCACCACUGCCGGCGGCACUAAAGGCACAGUCAUCAAGGUUCCUCUGAAGGUGGAGCAGGCCAGCAGUGCCCGGGACGCCCUGGCUAAAGCCAUCUACAGCCGGCUCUUUGAUCAUGUGGUCACCAGGAUCAACCAGUGCUUCCCCUUCGACUCGUCUGCGCACUUUAUUGGUGUUCUGGACAUCGCAGGCUUCGAGUACUUUGAGCACAACAGUUUCGAGCAGUUCUGCAUCAACUACUGUAAUGAGAAACUCCAGCAGUUCUUUAAUGAGCGCAUUCUCAAGGAGGAGCAGGAACUGUAUCAGAAAGAAGGCCUGGGAGUCAAUGAAGUGCACUACGUUGAUAAUCAGGACUGUAUAGACUUGGUGGAGUCGAAGGUAGUAGGCAUCUUGGACAUCCUGGAUGAAGAAAACCGACUACCUCAACCCAGCGACCAGCACUUUACUGAAACCGUCCACAGCAAACACAAGGACCAUUUCCGGCUGACUGUUCCCAGAAAGUCUAAGCUGCAGGUGCACAGGAACGUCCGAGACGACGAGGGCUUCAUCAUAAGACACUUCGCUGGAGCAGUCUGCUAUGAAACGACUCAGUUUGUGGAGAAGAAUAAUGACGCUCUGCACAUGUCUCUGGCGUGUUUGGUGAGCGAGUCCAAGGAUAAGUUCAUCGGCGAGCUCUUCGAGAACUCAAACCACUCCAAAGACACCAAGCAGAAGGCCGGCAAACUGAGCUUCAUCAGCGUCGGCAACAAGUUCAAGACGCAGCUGAAUAUUCUUCUGGAGAAGCUGCACAGUACUGGCUCAAGUUUUGUCCGCUGUGUGAAGCCCAAUCUGAAGAUGGUCGGUCAUCAUUUUGAGGGCGCUCAGAUUCUCUCCCAACUACAGUGCUCAGGGAUGGUGUCUGUACUGGAUCUGAUGCAGGGUGGUUUCCCCUCACGAGCGCCUUUCCAUGAGCUCUACAACAUGUACAAACAGUACAUGCCGGCUAAACUGACACGACUGGACCCCAGACUCUUCUGUAAGGCGUUGUUCAAAGCUCUCGGGCUGAAUGAAAACGAUUAUAAAUUUGGCUUGACAAAAGUGUUCUUCAGACCUGGAAAGUUUGCAGAGUUUGAUCAGAUCAUGAAGUCAGACCCGGAUCAUCUGGCUGAGCUGGUGAAGCGUGUGAAUAAAUGGCUGAUCUGCAGCCGCUGGAAGAAGGUUCAGUGGUGCGCGCUGUCCGUCAUCAAAUUGAAAAACAAGAUGCUGUACCGAGCGCAAGCCUGUGUCCAGAUGCAGAAGACUGUUCGCAUGUGGCUCUGCAGGAGGAAACACAAACCACGGAUUGAUGGGCUGGUGAAGGCGCAGAACCUAAAGAAGCGGAUGGAGAAGCUGAAUGAGGUGGUGUCUGGACUAAAGGAGGGCAAACAGGAGAUGAGCAAACACAUGCAGGAUCUGGACUCUUCUAUCGAUGCUCACAUACGCAAGAUAAAGAGCAUCGUGAUGAGCCGGAUGGACAUCGACCAUGAGCACCAGGCUCUGGUCACCCGCUCUCAGGAGCUGCUGAGCGCCAUGCAGAAGAAGAAGCAGGAGGAGGAGGAGAUGGAGAGACUCAAGCGCAUCCAGGAGGAGAUGGAGAAAGAGAGGAAGAGGCGCGAGGAGGAGGAGCAGAAGCGCAAGCGGGAGGAAGAGGAGAGACGACAGAAAGCCGAGAUGGAGUUGAAGAGGAAGCAGGAGGAAGAAGAACGCAAGAAAAGAGAGGAGGAAGAGAGGAAGCUGCAGGAGGAGAUGGAGCUGCAGCUGGAGGCGGAGCGGGAGCAGGAAACGUCCCGUCAGGCGGUGCUGGAGCAGGAGCGGCGUGACCGAGAGCUGGCCCUGCGCAUCGCUCAGAGUGAAGCCGAGCUCAUCCCGGAGGAGACGCCGCCGGACGCUGGACUGCGCAGUGUUGCUCCACCACAAAAGCUCAAGAGCUUGACCAUGGAGGAAAUGGCCAAGGAAAUGUCUGAUCUUCUGGCUCGAGGUCCACAGGUCUCCGCCAACAAUGCUCAAGCUGAUGUCAAGAAAUAUGAACUCAGCAAGUGGAAAUAUGCCGAACUACGGGACGCCAUCAAUACAUCCUGUGAUAUCGAGUUGUUGGCUGCGUGUCGAGAGGAGUUUCACCGCAGGCUGAAGGUUUAUCACGCCUGGAAGUCAAAGAACAAGAAGCGCAACGUUCAGGAAGAGCAGAGAGCUCCCAAAGCCAUCACUGACUAUGUUGGCAUAAUUGGAAGCCAAGCUUUCAUCGCCCAGCAGAACCCGGUGGUGCCGGCUGCAGUGCCCCGUCAGCAUGAGAUCGUCAUGAACCGACAGCAGCGCUUCUUCCGCAUCCCCUUCAUCCGGCCCGGAGACCAGUACAAAGACCCUCAGAGCAAGAAGAAGGGCUGGUGGUACGCGCACUUCGAUGGGCCGUGGAUUGCCCGACAGAUGGAGCUGCACCCUGACAAACACCCCAUUCUGCUGGUGGCAGGUAAAGAUGAUAUGGAGAUGUGUGAGUUGAGUCUGGAGGAGACGGGUCUGACCCGGAAGCGAGGCGCUGAGAUUCUGCCGCGUCAGUUUGAGGAGAUCUGGGAGCGCUGCGGGGGAAUCCAGUACCUGAGGAACGCCAUCGAGAGCAGACAGGCCAGACCCACAUACGCCACCGCCAUGCUGCAGAGCAUGCUCAAAUAAACACACACACACACACUGAGAGAGAUGCGCUCACAGAGACACACACACAGAGAGACACGCUCUUACAUUCACAAUCACACACACACAGUCUCACACACUUUCUUCCUCACAACAGACACACACAUUCACAAAAACACACACACGCACUCUCUCAUACACUUUCUCUCUCUCUCUCUCACACACACACACACUCUCUCUCUCAAUCACAGACACAUACACACACACAUAUACCCAUACACUUUCACACACAUACACAGACACAAAUUUUCUCACAUACACUCACUCACACACACCGACACGCUGUCUCACAGAUACACACACACACAUAUGCUUACUCCCACACUCUUACACACACAAACACAUGCAUACAAACACACACACACUCACACCCACACUAUAUCUGUCACACAUAUGUACACGCACACACAUGUACACACACACACACACACACACACUCUCUCACACAUAGACACCCACACAUCUCUGUCUCUCUCUCUCUCUCUCUCCCUCACACACACACACAGGGACACAAGUGAGUGUGUGUGUGAGAAGGGCCGUCUGCCAACCCAACAGAACCAGCAUCACUUCAGUUCUUUUAACUCUUCAUGCGUUUGCGUUUGUUUCUUUUAUUUUUUAGCCUUUGGAGAUUUGUGUGUGUGUGUGCGUGCGUGUGUGUGUGUGUGUUGAUGAAGUGCUUCUUUUAGUUGCUGUCUGGUUUGUUUCUGUUUGUUUUCUGCAUGUGUGGAGCGUUUAAUCAUCUCACAGAUCAUUAAUGAGUGUGUGAUCGUCUCUAAACUGCCUCUUAAUCUCAUUGACACACACACACACACACACACACACACACACACACACACUCAUGUUUUUGCUAUGAUGAAUGAUGUUCCUGUAGAGAAGCGCGUGCGUGCGUGCGUGUGUGUGUGUGUGUGUGUGUGUGUGUUCUCCUAACACUGACUCCGUCUCCGCUCUCUGGCCUGCAGAUGUAAAUACUGAUGUUGUUCAGCACUUUACACGUCCUCAGUUGAGUCGAUGGCUGUGGGUUUGAGCCGCUUCACUACAGUAAACACAGUAAUGACCACUAAAUUAUGACUUUUGAAUGAAAAAAAACUCUUUAAUAAAAAAAAUAAUGAUUUUAAUAAUACACACGAGCCACUUGUGUGAUCUUUGUGUUGUGGAUGAUGCAAUUACAGCAUGCAGGGAAAAUAUUAGCGCUGAAAAGCAUUGAACUGCAUCCAGAAUAAGAGUUCACAUUCACUAAAUGUAUUUGUGUGCUCUGUUUAUAUGUGUGUGUAUUCAAAUAUAUGCAUUACAAAUGAUAUAUACAUAUAUAU